AUGCUGGAGACCUUUGGAGCUCGGCCUGCUUCUUCCACGGCUGAAAAAUAUCGUCCAAAUCUCUUCAUUCUGCUUUACCCAGAAGCUGAAUAUCCUCAAUACAACGAAGAGUGCCGUAGUAUGCUUGAUCAAUAUAGUUCCAGGAAAUGUCAUCAAACGGGAAAUGUGUAUCUGGCCGCUAGGCAGAUCCGGAAUAAGCCGCCCCCCUUCCACACACACGCGGAGAGAGAGAGAGAGCGCCAUCCGCAUAGCCAGUCGCUCAGAACCGCACAGUGCACUCUUUGCCACUUCCUCGCCUUCACAUGCUUUCAAAAAAAUAUCAAGGAAGAGGCGAAGCCGUGGCUGGUAACGCGCCAGAAGGAUGCCAAGACCAGCUUCGACAGCCCAGUCAUCGGAGUGACUUCCACUAGAAACUCCCAGUCAAAUGAUGCCCGUCACGCGAAAAUUGUCUUAUGUUCGAUGGAUGCCAUUCAACAGUUGAAAGUCGUCACAAAACAGCCGGGGCAUAUACUUCGUCCCAUACAUAUCAAGAACCAGAAUCUGGGUGUGUCGACGCAGGGACUGGAGCACAACAGCCCUCUUUGA